GCUGGGCUCACUCGACUCGGCUCCCAGCCGUCAGCUCCUUCCCUUCCGUCAGUCUGGUCCGCCUCUCCGGUGCGGACCGCAGAACGGCUGGACCCCUUGUACCCAAUCGACCCUUCACACGGGACUCCGGAUCCAGGCUCACCUCUUCCACAGGUCGGAGUCCCGUCGCCAGUGAGCUCCACUGACAGGGUGGAAUGGAGAGAGACGUGGAGCUGCAGCAGCCGCUGGUGGUUCAGUCGCAGCCGGGGGGAGCGCCGGAGCCGGGGCAGUGGAGCACCGGGCUGUGCGACUGCUGCAGCGACGUCGGGGACUGCUGUUUUGCUCUCUGGUGCCUCCCGGUGUUCGUCUGCAAGACCACGGGUGCCGUGGGGGCGUGUCCGUGCCUGCCGCUGCUGGACUGCGUGGGGUGCGUCCCGUCCGCGUCCCUGGCCAUGCGGGCCACCGUACGCGCGCGGUACGGCAUCAAGGGCAAUGUCUGGAGCGACUGUUUCUAUGGCUGCUGUUGCUAUGCCCUGUCCUGGUGUCAGAUCUCUCGCGAGAUGAAGCGCCGUGCACUCCUUCCCUGAACUUCAGGAGAAGGGUUCAAGCUACAAUCUGCCAUCACCUCUCCCCUUAAUACGCCCCCCCCUACCCUCCCCCCACCCCCCUACAGCCCUUACCUGUCCAAGCCCCCACACCUUCCUCCCACCCUACCUGAGUUUUCUGAAGUGUCUCCUUAUUACAGCGUUUUACCUUGAAGCUGAUAUCUAUUAAGAAUCAUCACACGAAUGAUAAACGUAUUAUUAUAAUUGUUUUGUACUUUUCUAAUUAAAACAUCAUCUGUCCU